GUCGUGUCAAACAAUAAUUCAGCUUUCAUUACAAAAAUAAAUAUGAAAUGGAUUUGAAAGCAUGAAUAUGGCUUUGUAAAUAAUAAAUUGAUGGAGUUUGUGGUCUCAUUAUGGAUAGUACCAUGUCUUUCUGUAUGAAAUUGUGUACUAACAUGUAAGACUGCUAGCAAAACACGAUUUCUAAAUGCAACUCUGGUAUUUACAUAAUUAUAUUAAGGCUGUCACAACCUCUCUUCAUUUAACCUAAAUUUGAGUUGAUGGUUAGAUUAGUUUUGCUCUGCUUUCAAAGUGAAUGGCACUUUUGGAAUAUUUCUGAUAGGAAGAAAUUGCAUGUUAUAAUACUAUGAAGGUGAAAACAGUGAUGUUUGCUAGAAGAGUGAGUAAGAAUGGACAGUACAUGAAGGGGACAGUUGUUUUUUGUUAUUAUUAUGAACUAAUGAUGCUGUGAUUUACAGAUGGCUGUUAAUUUCCAAGAAAUUAAAUUCAUACAGCUGUUUUUAAUAAAGGACAAAGAUGUGACCCUUACUGGUGAUUCUUCAUCACCCCAGACUUACACUUUAGAUGUGAAUGCAGGCCAUGUAAUACAAGAAUCAAGCAAUAUGUUACCAUCACGAGGCAUACAUCUCUCUUCUAACAGUGAUGAGAAAAAUUGUGCAUCUGUAUCUUCAUCACCGCAACGACUUUCCAAGUGCCUCAUGUGUGACAAGAUAUUUUUAAACCACGGAAUCCCAGCAACAGAGGUGCCACGUCAUUGCUCUGACUGCAUGAAGAAAUUUAACAUGCCUCAUUUUCUAGAGUCCCAAGAUGUCUCUGUGGUUUCCAACAAGCCAUGUAAAUGCACAACUUGUGGCAAGGCAUUCCGAUACAUGAGUUCCCUUAAUAGGCACGUAGUUGUGCACUCUGGAGAGAAACGUUACACGUGCUCUGUGUGCAAUAAAGCAUUCACACAAAAGGCACACCUUAAGACUCAUGCCUCAAUGCACACAGGAGAAAAGCCUUUCCAGUGUCCUGUAUGCAAUAUGGCCUUCUCAAGGAAAGGAAACCUGAAGCGACACCUUCAGGUGCACAAAGGAGUUAAGUUUUAUGAGUGUGAUGCUUGCAAACCACGACCAGUGCAGCGAAGUAAUUAAGCCACCAAUUUUUCAUAGUAAAUGAACUGAUUAUAUUUGGAUUUGUUUCAUGAGAAUGUUGAAUUUUGCUAUAUAAAUAUGACUCAAGUUAAUUCUACUGAUUAUAAGUGUAUAAUGUCUGAUAUAAGCUAAUAUCUACAUGGUAUACUAGACCACA